AGCUGUGUUGCUUUGUGGCUUUUCUUGAUUCUUGCAUUUUCUCUUUCUCGACUGCCAAAAGAUGGAUCUUUACACUCUAUUCCUGGUCUUGUGCAUGGCUUCAUUGAGUUCAAGCAAGGUUCCUGGUCUUCUAAAUGUAGUUGAUUUUGGAGCUGCUGGAGAUGGAAGAAAAGAUGAUUCUCAAGCUUUUAUGCAAGCAUGGCAAGCAGCAUGCAAAGCUACACAAGAAAUUAUUCUGAAAGUGCCAGCAACAAGAACGUUUUUACUAAAGCCGGUGAAAUUUAUCGGUCCAUGCAGGUCCCCUAGAAUUCACUUUUGGAUUCAAGGGGAUAUAGUAGCACCAAGUCAAAUAUCAGAAUGGAGUACACCGUACAUGGAUAGCUGGAUUGUCUUUGUAAAUGUAAAUGGACUCGGUGUUGUUGGCAGUGGACAAAUUGAUGGCCGUGGCUCUGACUGGUGGGAUUGUGCAGUGAAGACUCAGUGCCCCAGACCUAUGGGCAUGAAAUUCCAUUUCUGCAAAAACAUUCAAAUCGGAGGAUUGAAAAUAAUAAACAGUCCAUCUAGGUUUCUGUCUGUAUCUCACUGUGAUGAUGUGUUAAUCUCCAACCUUAAAAUUAUUAACCCUGAAACAAGCCCUAAUACUGAUGGCAUGGAUCUUACUCACUCCACCAACAUCCACGUUAAGGACUGUCACAUAUCCACAGGUGAUGACUGCAUUGCAAUUCUUUCUGGCUGCUCCCACAUUAACAUAACUGGGGUAUCAUGCAUUCAAGGCCAUGGUAUAAGUAUUGGUAGCAUGGGAAAUCAUGGAGAUUAUGACACAGUGGAAGAAGUACAUGUGAGAAAUUGUACUUUUGGACCGGCUUUAAAUGGAGCACAUAUCAAGACAUGGCAGGGAGGAUCUGGAUAUGUCAGGAAUGUCCUAUUUGAAAAUAUUACAUUGUUAAACACUUCCAAUCCAAUCAAUAUUGAUCAAUAUUACUGCCCCAGAGGCAACUGUGCUGAACAGGCAAGUGCCGUCAAAGUAAGCGGUAUUACAUUCACAAAAUUCAAAGGAAGUUCGUUCACAGACCCAGCAAUCAACAUAGCUUGCAGUGAAACUGUAGGGUGCUCUAAUAUUGUACUUGAUAACAUCGACAUUACUCCUUCAAGUGGAAUCAAGAAGGUUGGAUCAAAAUGCAUCAAUGCCCAUGGAAGAUCUGGCUCCACUGUUCCUUCAGUUGAUUGUUUAUCCAAAUAUUAGUCUUCUGUUUGUUAGGAUAGCUACUUAGCUUCUUUUAGAAAGAAAAGAAGAAAAAAAAUCACCAUUGCCAUGCCUUCUGUUGCUUAACAUUUUAUACAAUGCGACACAAGCUGUAACUAUAAUUCUUUGCAUCUAAUAAAAUGC